GAAUGAAUUAAAAUUUGGUGUUUGUAGAAAUAAUAGGCGACUGCUUUGUCUUUACGAAAGGCACACGUGUGAUAGACGUUCCCCGUUUCCAUUGGUGAAAACUAAUUACACUCUCGUUUGCAUUGGACGCACAUCACAGUUAUAGUUUCGUUUCACUGAGUGUAGAAAGAAGAAAGAUGAGCGCGGUGGUGAAUAGCCUGAAUCAGAGUCAUAGCGUUUUUGUUUAUGGAACUCUCCUUGCCGAUGAGGUUGUCCGUACUGUCAUCAACCGAGUACCUCAAUCGGCACCCGCUACCCUCUCCGACUACCACCGUUAUAAGAUCAAAGAUCGCGUUUAUCCGGCUAUCCUCCCCGUCCAGACCAAGAAAGUCACCGGAAGAGUCCUUCUUGACAUCUCAGGACCCGAACUCCAUCUUUUAGAUGAAUUCGAAGAUGUUGAGUACACUAGAAAUGAGGUUGAAGUUCUCUUCACGGACAAUUCUGAAAAUUUGCGAGUUUAUGCUUAUAUUUGGGCCAAUCCAAAUGAUCCUGAUUUGUAUUCUGAGUGGGAUUUUGAGGAAUGGAAAAAAACUCAGAUGAAUGAUUUCGUCAAGAUGACAGAUGAAUUCAUGCAACAGUUGGAAUUGCCAGAAACAAAGCCAAGGGUUCAGACUUAUGAAACCUUCUAUAAGCAAGAAAACGAUAAGCCACUUCACCCUUGAUGCUUUACAGCUUGUAAAAAUUCUGCGUUAUGUUCACUCUGCACUAUUGUAUGAUUUCAUCAAACAAUCAAACUAUUUUUCUUAAUAAUAGUUAUGUGUUUCUCUUGGAA